CCUGCAGGCAGCAGCUCGUCGUUCAGCAUCUCUCUCCUCUUCAAUUCCAAGUCCUGAUAAAUCAUCGUAACUCGGCUUUGCAGGUCUACAGUACGAGCCAAUUUCUCAUAUACGCUACAUCAGCGAUACAGCAUCAUGGCCGCCGUCGACACCACCGCUACCUCAACACCACGCUCACCUCUCACCGACAUUCUCUCCUCUUACGCAAUCCUCCCAACCCUUGCAACGUGGCUCUCAACUUUGGACCUUUACCACCUCGCUCUCACCAAUCGCUCCAACUUCUCAUCCAUACUUGAAUCACGCAAGAUUUUCAAGUCCCUCAGCCGCCAUUGCCUCUGUGACGGCCGCGGCCUCGUAAGGCGCCAGGAGUUUCGCAAGCCGUACAGCAUUGGUCCUCGCGACUAUGCCUGGGGCAGACGUCGAAAAAUUUACAAGGAUGAGCCCAUCGAAGUACGCCUCUACAACGUCAAAUGCGACGAAGCUGGUGCCCUUCCAUGCAUCAAGUGCGGCAUUAACCUCUGUGAGGAGUGCCGCUCUUAUCCUCGCGAACCGCUUGAACGCCCUAAGCGGCGACCACACCUUGACGCUGCUUAUCAGCUCAGCCACAUCAUGUGCUUGUGCGAGCUGUGCGAUGCUGCGGCUGAGAAAGAAGUCACUGGGAAGUUCCUCAACGAGCUCUGUGACUGCGACAUCUUUGAGAGGUGGAUUUGUACACGGUGUGAAUCAAAGGAGGUUAAAUUUAUGAUCGAGUACUUUCGAAAACACACCAAGAUGGACCCGGAUGAUGAUACACUCCUGCCUUCAAAGCUCAUACCGGAUCACCAAUUUGAUCGCUGUUUCUGGUGCAUAUGCGGCGCCCAAGUCCCUCAAAGUACGCGCGCGAGGUGUACUUGGUGUAAGAGACGCCAUCUGCCAGAAAGCGAGUGGUCAAAGGAGUGGGAUGAAGUAGGGUCGAAGAUGCCCUGGGUUGACGAUGACCCCGACUACCCCCACUGGGUUACUGAUGAGUUGGGGAAAUACCCAAACCCGUACCCAGAGCUUGGUCACCGUCGCAACUGAGAGAAAGAGCUGCCACGGUGAAAUUCUGAGCCAGUAUGGUCUUGUGGUUUGAGCCGUGCCAUGCUUCCAGGUGGCCAGACCUACAAAGAUGGACACACUGGGACAAAAUAGUCCCUUCCAGCAUUGCCCAUGUUGGAAAUAUCUGCUUUGCAAGAGAAGGAAAUUUUACCGUUUGAUUUUGUCUUGUGCAAGUUUUACCGCCAGGAGACGGUACUUCUGUUUAAAACCCUACACCCCACCAUCCUUUUGUUUACUUUCAUUUCUUCUUCGAGAAGGCACUCAGGGUAGGAGAAAUAGUGAAGACCAACAAAUCUUCAAUUUUA